AAAUGGACAAAAAGUCGUCGCAAGUCUUUUCCUUUUUUUUAUUUGCUGUGUAGGUCUUGUUUCUCAGCGAGGGGUGGAGGGGUAUGUUUUCCUUUCGAGGUGCGGAGGGCGAUUUCCCCCUCUCACACUGUUGUUUACAUGAUGCUACCCCUUUGCCCCUUGGUGUGGUGAGUGACCAUAUUAUUUUGCCAUCGAGUUUCUGGGCAAUCUCAUUUCCUAUCUGAUGGGAAUCUAUGUGCAUUUCCUGAAGCAAGAGAAUAUCUACGUUGUGUUUCUGUGUGUGUUGGUGAAGUGCGUUGACUUUGUGGUCGUGUUGAAGUCCUCUGCAGUUGAUGGUUCAUAUGCACAUGGUCGCCAUUUGUGUUAUGAGGUGAAGUGUAAUGAUGGUGUACAGUGUGGCGAGGUUUAUUAUGCUCUAGCGCUGCGCAUUUUGUGUUGUGUGGAAGGUACUUUGUGCAGGGUUGGAGGUUGUAGCACCAGUCUUCGAAAGGCAAGGGUCGUUGUUGGCAUCUAGACCACAUAGAGUUAUUGUCCAAAGAGGGGAAAACAGAACACAAAGGUGCGGUGGCGAUAUCCAAAAGGAGGAAAAACACAGAAACACACAGAUGCUGUGGUCUUCCUCUGAAAUCUUUUUUCACUGUUGUCGCGCUGAAUGAGGGGCACUUUUGACACAGGUAGCACAUGUUACUUCCACAUAGUAUCAUCAUCGUCGGUCAUUGUGGCGUCAUCAUCCAGGCGGUGGUGCGUCUCUUUGCUGCGUUUCCUGGGUGCUGUCUGUCAUCACAUUGUCGAUGUGAGUGAGUCCUUUAAGCCACAGAUCCCCUCGGGGGCCGCGUUGAUUGCUCUUCUUGGGGGCGUGUAGUGAGGCCAUCCUGGCAAGUUGUCGUGGUAAGGGUGAGUGGGGGCUGACCUGCGUGGCUGGCUGGGGCGGAGGUCAGGCGUAAUUUCUUCUGGUCGGUCUGUCGGGUCUUUUGUCCUCGGGGCAGGCUGUCUUGACUGCCGAGGACCGUUAGUGUGGGCGUAGUGCUUGGCCCUCUGUCAUCUCGCCUGGGGGUGUCUGCUGUAAACGGUGUGUUCGGUUGCUGGUUUGUUUUGUCUUCUGACGUUGGGUGUAACGCCUGGUGUGUCCCGGGCUCCCGGCCGUCCGCAUAUGAGACAGGUUGAGGCUCUGCCUUUAACUGUCACUAGCAGUUUAUCAUUCUGUCCUGGCACUUUAAUUAGAGUGGGGAUUUCCCUCUUCAUCUCCAGCUUCAUGUACCUUGUUCCCUUGUCGCUUUCGUCUUCUUCUUUCUCGAUUUGUAUUUCUUUGAUUCUUCCUAACGGUUCAAAGCACCAAAAGAAUAAUUUGUUCUGCAUCCACAAACGUUGGGACUCAGUGGAUCCUAAUUUCUACAACUGCACAUUCUGCGUGCUCCACGUGUGCCGUGACACCUUGUGGAAGUGUCAUUGGGCUGGCUUCGAGCACUGUCGGGACGAACUCCGGUCUCGAAAAAAUAGCAUUGACUAAAUGAGGCUUACAUAUCGCCCUUCCACGUGCCCACUAUCUCGGCUUUUGGGACGCCGGAUGCAAUCAGCACGACAACGAUGGCCUCUCUUCUGGUGAGGAGGGCGUGACGGCCUGAAAGAUGCAGUUGGAUCGUUGAUCUUUUCUUCGCAAAGUUAUUGAGUUCAGGCAGACGUCAUGCUAUGCCUGUGUGCAGAAGUGAUAGGCACUCUAUUGUUUUAUGCUGGAGCUUUUUUCCAUGGUGAAACUGCAUUGCAAAUAUUGCUGUAGGAAGUGAUUGGUUUAAAACAUUUAAAAUUGUAAUAACGUUCUGAUCUUUUGAAUAAAACACUCUUGACGUUUUCUCAGUAAAGUUUCAAGUGAUAAAUAAUAGUUAAUUCUAUAUAUUUUAUGCACAAUUAACUUUCGCAACUGUAUUUGCAGCACACAUGAUAGUAUCUUCUAAGGGACUGUACUCUGUCCACUCGUCUCCCUCCACUCUUCUUGAGAUUUAACUUUCAUUAGCCCUUCAGAGUGAAUUUUCUUUAAUUUUUCGUGAUAUUUCUGAUAACGAUGCACAGCACUAAAAAGGAACGCAAACUCGAAAUGGUAUUACUUAGACUAUAAUAGUUAAAAUUAAUAUACUUAAUCAAAAGGGACUGUACUCUAGUUGUAGUGCGGUUUGGUAUCUUUCACUAAGACGUGAUCGUCAGCGUGUGCACAGCAAAACAGUUCUUAAUUUCUUUUCAUUCAGAAAAAAUGGAUCUACCUAUAGUAAGAUCUCUUUGUGCCAAAUGUUUUCAAGCAGUUAAUGUCAUUGUUGUUGGCAGAAGAACGCUAUCCGUUGUUCCCUCAUUAUCGUAUUCUUCUUCUCAAAGCAGACGAAAUGUCUCCACAUUCCCAGGAAUAGGUCAGAGAACAAGAAGGACGAAUUUUUAUACAGUCACCUGUCAGCUAUCAGUACUAAAGUCAAGAGUUUUACAACCAUCACGUUUUCAGCAGCCUUGCUUUCGUAGCUAUGUAUCAGAGGCAGAAAAUGUUUCACCUAAUAAAUCUCAGCGACCAGGAAGCCGCAAAGGGCCCAUAUCAUGGAAAAGCCUCAUCGCUAUUGCAGGCUUGGGUGGUCUUUUUAUGCUUGGGUUUCAAUAUGUCAAACGAGAAAAGGAGCUAGCCAUAGCCAGGGAGCGCAGUAAGUCACUUGGCAAGGCAAAACUGGGUGGAGAUUGGGAGCUGGUAGACAAAAAUGGCAAACCAGUGACCAACAAAGAUUUUUUUGGCAAGUGGGUUUUACUGUAUUUUGGAUUCACCCACUGUCCUGACAUCUGUCCAGAUGAGCUGGAAAAGAUGGUUGAUGUUGUCAACACAGUAGAUGACUUGCCCAGUGUCCCAAACUUGACUCCCGUGUUUAUCACUGUUGAUCCAGAUAGAGACACCCCUGCUUCUAUUGGAGAAUAUGUGAAAGAGUUCUCCCCUAAGAUAAUAGGGUUGUCUGGCACUACAGAGCAGAUAAACAAAGCAACUCGUGCCUACCGAGUUUACUACAGCAUGGGCCCCAAGGAUGAGGAUAAUGAUUAUAUUGUUGACCACACAAUAAUAAUGUACCUCAUCAACCCAGAUGGAGAAUUUGUGGAUUACUAUGGCCAAAAUAAGAAUCCUGGCCAAAUCUCAAGUAGUAUAGCCCUCCAUAUGAAAAAGUAUGCAGCCAUGUAAUAAAGCACUAUUCCAAGUUAGUUUCAGUUGUGUCCAACCUAAAACAGAUUUUUUUUUUGUUGACUAUUUCUGUCUGUUUUGACUAUUACAGCUGUUCAUAGAACAAACAUUCAUCAUUUUGUCCUACAGUUAGCUGUACAUCUUUUAAGAUUUUUUUUUUUGUGUAUAUUGUUUUAUCCGUAUAUGAUUAUCAGCCAUAAGGCUUGUUCAUCUUUUGAUAAAUUAUGUAGAAUGGUUUUUUUUUUCUCUUUUUUUUGAAUACAGUAAGAUUAGACAUCAAAUAAGAGUCUACAUAUAUCUUAACUUUAUGAAAUUCACAUUUUACCUGUUGUUUAAUAAAACAUUUGAAGCUUUAUUUUCUGUACAUUAACCAGGGAACUACAUACAUUGAUAAUCAUUUAUUGACACUUCAUAUAUUAUUAUCCUAAAAAGUAAUAUCAAGACCUUUUACGGAAUAAGUUACUUAUUCUUGUUAUUUUUUACUGUAAUUGAAGUAUAUAAUUUUCAUCAUGUUACAAAAAAAGAGGGGGAUCAUGUGGGUAUGUUGUAUAUGCUGUUUGGUAGUUAAUUAAUUUAGAAAAUAUUGCAAUCAUGAUUGAAUAAAAAUAGCUUUCUACCUUACAA